UCCAAGGUGCUCAAGAGCUCCUAGGAUGAUGGCUGCAGCUGUGGUUUUUAUCUUGUUGGGUACUCUAGGUCAGACGAGUGGCCUUUCUGUUAUUAAUAUUGCUAAAGGUGGAAAAGUUGCUCAGUCCUCCCUGUACGGGAAGGCCGUCCCUGAAAGGGCCAUCGAUGGAAGCCGUGCUAGUAACUGGCCUCAGGGAUCCUGUACCCACACACAAAGAGAUAAAAAUCCUUGGUGGAGACUGGACCUCCUGAGGCCCUAUAAGGUCAACACUGUCACCAUCACCAACAGAAAAGAUUGUUGCCAUGAAAGGAUCAAUGGUGCUGAGAUCCGCAUUGGAAAUUCACUCAAGAAUAAUGGCAACGCUAAUCCAAGAUGUGCUGUGAUCGCUUCUAUCCUCGCUGGGGAGUCCAAAACCUUUGAGUGUCGUGGAAUGGAAGGCCGUUAUGUAAACAUUGUGAUUCCUGGAAGACACGAAUACCUAACACUGUGUGAGGUCGAAGUUACCGGGCAGCUUUCUGGAAAGAAAACUCCAAAUGUUAUUAAUAUUGCUAAAGGUGGAAAAGUUGCUCAGUCCUCCCUGUACGGGAAGGCCGUCCCUGAAAGGGCCAUCGAUGGAAGCCGUGCUAGUAACUGGCCUCAGGGAUCCUGCACCCACACACAAAGAGAUAAAAAUCCUUGGUGGAGACUGGACCUCCUGAGGUCCUACAAGGUCAACACUGUCACCAUCACCAACAGAAGAGACUGUUGCCAUAAAAGGAUCAAUGGUGCUGAGAUCCGCAUUGGAAAUUCACUCAAGAAUAAUGGCAACGCUAAUCCAAGAUGUGCUGUGAUCACUUCUAUCCUCGCUGGGGAGUCCAAAACCUUUGAGUGUCGUGGAAUGGAAGGCCGUUAUGUAAACAUUGUGAUUCCUGGAAGACAAGAAUACCUGACACUGUGUGAGGUCGAAGUUACCGGGCAGCCUUUUGGAAAGAAAGCCCCAAAUGUUAAAAAUAUUGCUAAAGGUGGAAAAGUUACUCAGUCCUCCCUGUAUGGGAAGGCCAUCCCUGAAAGGGCCAUUGAUGGAAGUCGUGCUAGUAACUGGCACCAGGGAUCCUGUAGCACCACACAGAGAGAUAAAAAUCCUUGGUGGAGACUGGACCUCCUGAGGUCCUAUAAGGUCAACACUGUCACCAUAACCAACAGAAGAGACUGUUGCCAACAAAGGAUCCAUGGUGCUGAGAUCCGCAUUGGAAAUUCCCUUAAGAACAAUGGCAAUGAUAAUCCGAGGUAA